AUGGAGACAGUUGUGAAUUACACGAGACUCCUGUGUUGUUUUGAGUUAAUGUCUGGCCUAAGUAUUAACUUCGAUAAGUCAAGCUUGAUUUCAGUCAACUGUGAGAAGGAAUGGGUGACGAAUAUGUGUGGUUUGUUGGGAUGCAUCGAAGCUGCAUUACCUGUCAGAUACUUGGGGAUUCCUCUAGGCGCUAAUCCACGUUUGGUGAAGACAUGGAAACCGGUCAUAGACAAGAUGGAAGAUAAGCUGAGCUUAUGGAAAGCUAAAUAUCUCAACAAAGCUGGUAAGUUGGUUCUCAUCAAGUUUGUUCUUAAUAGCCUGCCGGUUUACUACUUGAGCUUGUAUAAGAUGCCAAAAGAGGUUGUAGAAAAGAUAAUUGGCUUAUAG